GUAGUGGGUGAGUGACGUCAUCCGGUCUCUUCAGCGAGACUCGGGUGGGACAUGGACCAACAACACGAGGAUCAGGACGUCUUUGACGCCAACAUACCGGAGGAGGGUCCGUCGGCGCCCCCCCCAGGCUGGUUGGAGGACAUCGCGGGAUAUCAGGGACACAAAGGAGAUGCCGAUGACCCCGUGUACCCCCCCCCUCCGGCCUACACCCCUCAGCCCCAGGAGGACAGGAGCACAGCGGUACCCGACAUCAGGGUUCCUUCGGUCUCGGAGGACGUGGCCCGAGAUGCCCUGCUCAAAUUUGUCCAGUCCAAAUGGACCUACAGCUCCAAGCCGGCCCGCAACCUGACCUUCAAAGAACUCCGACCCGUCACCGUCUACCGGUACCGACUGGAGACCUACACCGAGACCAGAACCAGCGCUUGGCACUUUGAACCCUACAAGGGACAGCCAGUAGACGGGCCUCAGUUUGGAAUGAGUCCACCUCCGUGGGACGUUCCCGUCACCGUACCGCCGAGAUUCACCGACACGGUGGCGAAAACUCGAGUCCCGCACUCAUCCUUCAUCAAGCUGUGUCACAAGUGCAGCGGCUGUGGAAGGACUCGGUGCGUGUCCUGUCGCGGCAGAGGCAUGAAGCGGUGCACGUUCUGCCACGGUAACGCGCGCGCGCACAACAAGCACUGCACUUCCUGUCACGGCCGAGGCCGCAAAAGGUGCAUUUCCUGUCACGGGCACGGCUCCAGGACGUGCGGCGUGUGUCAUGGCUGCCAGAACCUUCUUCAUUUCAUCCAACUAACAGUGACAUGGAAGAACAACGUUGCUGAUUUCAUUCCUGAUCGCCAGCCUGACUUCCCUGACAAGAAGUUUGAGAAGGUGACAGGUGACGCCUUCUUUGUGGACGAGAGUUUGCUGGUUUAUCCCAUCCAAGGCUUUCCCGACCAGGAGAUCUGUGACAUUUCCCGCCAGCUGAUAAACGAGCACCUGAGUCGCCUCAGCGCCACCAGUCGCAUCCUGCAGCAGCGCCAGACAGUGGAGCUGGUGCCGCUAACGCACGCCUUCUGCUCGUAUGGUGGCAAGGACUUCAGCUUCUUUGUGUACGGCGUGGAGAACAAAGUGUUCACCUCCAAGUAUCCGUCAGCCUGCGCCAUUUUGUAGGAUGACUGCGAGGGAGAACACUCUUAGUUGAUGACUGAUCAGUGAGGUUCUCGUGGCAACAGUCUGACCCGGAAUCUGACAAAUGAGCUUGUGUGCACACGUACAGCACGUGUCCAGGUGGUGCAGAAAUUCCCAACGUUGGAAAAGUUGAGUAAAGUUGAGUAAAAAUUUGUGAACUGCAGCGUUAAUGACAAACGCCUCCAGCAGGGGGCGCCCCGAACCUCUACAAAAGUAUUUUUUGAUAAGUACUGGGAUGUGAGAAUGUAAUCUUGUGUCAGAGUAACUGAUUAGAAAAUCUAAUACAGCCACGUGUCACGUCAUCACAUAACUAUGCGUCACAGCUACACGAAGAUAUAAAUGUACUGUAUAUGUAAGCUUCAUGAAAUGUAUAUUUAUAUACCUAUACGCACAUUAUUU